UAAUUGUUAAAUAUUCUCUAAUGCUUGCUGGAAGAGAACAAAAGCCAAUUCGACUUACAAGAACAAAUCGUAAUAAUCUGGAGAGCGAACAAUUGCCAGAUUACUUAAGAAGUUCCUUCUCUGACACCGUCAAAGUGCAAGAGCCCCCAAAAGUUUAUAAGGGAAAGAAGAUCUUGCCUGAAUAUGCAUUUGGCAACUCUCUUGAAACCCCAUCCUUCUUCCGCAAUCCCAACACUUUGAUUUGCAGAGAUACCUACGACAAUCCAUUCAUAAAAGCCAGGGUUAAACCACGUAGCAAAUGGGAAUCCUUGCAUAGCAGCACUCUCAACAACUUCGAAUUUUAUAACGUUUCUGAACAAAAAUUUAUGAAUCUCCCAAAUUAAGGAUACAAAAAUGUCAAAAUAGUGAAUACUGUAACUAAUAAAGUGCAUUAUGUGUAGACUCCUUAGGUCAAGGGAGAUGAAUAAACGUUUCAACUUGCCUAUCGAACACUUUAGAAAACAGGUCUCUUUGGCCGAAAGAAUGAAUUGUUCACUGAUUUCGUAGAAAAGAAUGACAAUCAAAAUGUUUACGGGCAUCUUAAUGAUAGACAACGACCAAAAGGACAUCUGAGAGAUGUUAAGAAUUACAGUUUCACUCCAUAGGAAUUCCAAAUUCACAAAAGAAGAGCCAGUCAUUAUCUGAAUUCCAGUUCCAACAAAGUUUUGCAAAAGUCAGAUUUACCAAUAGUGAAUAAAAAUCAAUAGUAAAAGGAUCAAUAAGUGGAAAAGUACUUUUCAAGAGAUUAAAGCUAUCUGAAUUCAUUUAACAAUUCUAUCAUUGUAACGCAAAUAGACUAACAAUUGAAAGGAAAGAAGAGAGAUCGAUAUAGGUAUGUUGUUAUGUAGAUAUGUAUAAAGUUCUUGUUCAAAGAUUCUGGAUUAUUAGGAAAAUGA